GCUUCUUGUCCCAGUGUGGACGAAUUACUUUGUAUCCACUAGUUCUAGUCGUUUUGGUCCGACUUGGGAAGAAGAGGGGAGGGAGAAGGAGAUGAGGUGUAAGAGACGUUCUCUCUCUGAUGGGUUCUGCGCUCAGCUACCUGUGGUCCAAAGAAAGUAAUUUCGAAACAGCAGAACUAAGCAGGCACCGGCGAGUGCAUCUUUCCUGUUUGAACGACAUCUCUGCCAACCGAAGUGGGCAAGCAAUAUGGAGUAACGUCCUCAUUCUCCAUUCACUUAUUCAAAUGCUUGCUGAGCUCUGUGUUGGUGCUGUUUUAGUUCUUGUGAAACUUCGAGUGAACAUGGGCGACGUGGGUGUUUUGGGAACGUCAGAGUAAAUAAGGAAAGAAUAUAGUGUAUUAGUGAAAAGUGCUAUAGGAAAAGGAAACAGGGCAAGUUCUAGGAUUAAAGCAGUACUUGGAGGUGAGGAACUUAGCCAUUCGAUUGGAAGCAUUCCAGGCAAAGCGAACACCCGUGCCUAGACCCUAAUGUGGGAGCGUACCUGGCUUGUUGGAGGACUUGCCAGCAGGCCCUUGGAAAAGAGUGACCAGGGGAGAUUUAUUUUCGAGCUUCUCUUGGUAAGACUUUGAGAAAUUAAAUAGUACUUCCUGAAACCGUCAAGAAGAGAAAUGUCUGUGACAUUGCAUACAGAUGUAGGUGAUAUUAAAAUAGAAGUCUUCUGUGAGAGGACACCCAAAACAUGUGAGAAUUUCUUGGCUCUUUGUGCCAGUAAUUACUACAAUGGCUGUAUAUUUCAUAGAAAUAUCAAGGGUUUCAUGGUUCAAACAGGAGAUCCAACAGGUACUGGAAGAGGUGGUAACAGUAUCUGGGGCAAGAAGUUUGAGGAUGAAUACAGUGAAUAUCUCAAGCACACUGUUAGAGGUGUUGUGUCUAUGGCUAAUAAUGGCCCAAACACAAAUGGAUCUCAGUUCUUCAUCACCUAUGGCAAGCAGCCGCAUUUGGACAUGAAAUACACAGUAUUUGGAAAAGUAAUAGAUGGUCUGGAGACCUUAGAUGAAUUGGAGAAGUUACCAGUAAAUGAGAAGACAUAUCGACCUCUUAAUGAUGUGCACAUUAAGGACAUAACUAUUCAUGCCAAUCCAUUUGCUCAGUAGCUAUAAUAGAUCUGAACAAAUAUUUGGCAAACUGUUCACUGGAACACACCUAUUGUGGUUUACCCUGCUUACAUAAAGCUGAGAUCGUCUGUGAAAUGGUGGUACCAAGGGAAGCCCAACAGCCCCCAUUCUUACAGCAUGUAUUUUUAUUACAACUAUUAUCAUCCAAUGUAUUUCUUUAAUAUAAAAAACCUGCUUUUUAAUUUUUGUUAUAAAUAAACAUUCAUUUUUAAA